AUGGCGACAGGUGCAGCAGGUGCUAACAUGUUCAAGAGAUUCCUCAACUCAGAGACCGGUCCUAAAACCAUCCAUUUCUGGGCCCCUUGCAUGAAAUGGAUGCUUGUUUUGGCAGGUGCUAAUGAGAUGACAAGACCAGUGGAGAAAGUCUCCGCUACUCAACAACUAUCGCUUUUUGCAACAGGUGCAAUCUGGACUAGGUGGUCAAUGGUUAUUAUACCAAAGAACUACCUUCUUGCAUCUGUGAAUUUCUUUCUCGGAGGUGUCUCUAUUGUUCAACUUAUUAGAAUUGCAAACUGGAGAAUUAAUGAUUUAGGAGAAACCCCUAAACAGGCCAUCAAGUAUAUGUUUGAUAUAAAGGACGAUGAAAAGAAGACCAUUGUGCCAAAACCAGAAUAG